UCGACGGGCGCCGAUCAAAGCCGCAAGACAGAUUCAGACACGUGGAGGACACAUUCUCUGAACACGCGGUCUUCAUCGUGUCUUCUUCUCCCAACCGCAGGUGCUACUUCCUCCCAAGCCGGAGCCUCGCACUUCCUGGGACACGGUAAUGAGGACGCUCGGCUCAACUUUAGCUGCGGCACCUGCGCUCUGGUCGGUUACUCCGGUCACCUUCUUGGCUCCGGUCUGGGCAACUCGGUCGACGCCUCAGAGUGCGUCAUCCGCCUGGGCCGAUCACCCGGCCGAGGCUACGACCAGGACGUGGGAAGCAAGGCUACCUUCCGACUGAUGCACGCUGACACGCUCCUCGAACUACUCAAGGGACCGCAGCGAGAGAAGCGCCUAUCCAACAGCCCGCUGGCAUCGGAUCACCUAGUGGUGUUCGGCACGCCCAAGAAGGCCACUCCUGCAUCGCUGCGAACACGCCUGGAGAGCAGCGGUGGACCGCGAUUGCUUAGCCUUCGCCGAAGCGCAGAGCAUGCGGCCGCGAAGAGCCUCGCCGAGCACGCAAGCACACUAGGGUACCAACUUUCCGGAGCAGAGCCGUCAACCCUGUGGCAUGCCGUCAAACUCACCGAGACAAUAGGUUGCCAGUCCCUGAACGUGUUCGGAGUUCCUGAGCCUAAGAUAUGCAAGCGCCAUCGCAACGAGCCAUCGCGUUCCCGCUUCUGGGAGUACGCGUCCCCGCCUCAGUGCCUGGACGGUCUCGACGUGGGCCACAACGAGAACCCGCUGAGACCUGAUCCCGGUCACCUAAGCCUGGUCGAUCGUAGGGCGUUGGCUGGAUGGCUGCAAUCCGCGCAAAAGCCUGUCAUCCGAUUCUUGGCACCCACUUGGAGCGUCUCCCAACCUGCGUCUGCUGCUGCCGCUGCGACGUGACGUAGCCGGAGGAAAGUUCCUAACUUGCACAUAAGUGUAGCGCAUUAGCUGCCACGCUAGGUCGCAGCAGGACACGUUGUGUUCGCCAAGAGGACGCCAUGGUGCAAUGCUUACUUGUGGUAACUGCGCGUCUGUUGUGAGGCUGUCCGGUGAAGUGAAAAAGUGUUCCGACUGGUGCUGGAGUGAAAGAAGACUAGCUUGCACCGCUAGGCCGACAUCGUCACGUGCUUUCUUCAUUUUACGAGACCGCCAUCCUGUGCUGCUUCUUAAGGAAAGGAUGGCGCUUCAUCGCAUUGCAGUUUUCGGGGAGUCGAUUUGUCUUGAGGACAAAGAAAGCAUAGAAAGGAAUCGUGGUACUGGAAAGCAGGCGUGCAACAACGGACACGUGUAGAACGAAAAGCACAACGCCAAACGCUGACUACAAAUCCCUACGAACUUGCUGAACUUUCAGUUUUUCGUAUAGAGGAGUUUUCGUCAGAGUAAAGGACUAUUUUUAUUCUACUCAUUGCGGCAGUGGUGGAAUGAAAUGGGCUCGGCUCACUUGUGUAUCUGCAAUCUAUAAACUUCUCUGUGCCUGGUUUUCUGCUUACAGCAGACUUCCAUCCUCACACAAACCAGCCAGACGAGUACGAGUGGCUGUGUACCUGGUUCUGUUCACCGUGUCGAGGACUCAGUGCAGCGAUUGUGGCCGUCAUCAGCUUCGAGACGCGGCAUCAAUGGCCAGAAGAACAUCUUGACAUCAAGCUCUUGUUCUUGGCCUAGGUGAUAGUGCAAUACACUGCACAGAUUUCCAAUCGUCGCUUGUGACCCUGACGAUGAGUCAUCAUGUGCAAUCUUUCAUUUGCGCUCGUGUGCGCGCCGAGCGUGAAAACUCAAUGAAUGGACAUGCCGCAUUAUUCCCGUUGGACAAACCUGCGACAGAGUAUUUCAAUAUAAAUUUUUGACAAUUUCUUACACUCGUAAUUUAACCGUAUGCCAUCGCAUUUAUCACGGCAUACCAAACUGGGCGAGCUGCAGUGAACAUAAAAAUGUUCACUGCAGCUGGUCAGCGUUCGGCAACUUUGCUAGUGAAGCACAGAGUGGCUGCACGUAAUACUGCUUCUACGGCGUUGAUUAUGGCAAACCAUCAUAUUCGUCGAUGAUCUCAAUGUCACGCACAGGGAUAGUAAGCGUUUCUCAGCUUGUGUGAUGCGAGGUUUAUUCCUGUUAAUGUGAUUAACUAGGACGGCUGAGAUAACACCGCGACUCAUGUACUUUGAAUGUGUGUGAACUGAGCCAUUGCAUUAAACACAUCUGCGCGCUCUAGUUAAUAACUGCUCCGUUGCUGCAAUCAGUGCUUUGGCCUAGCUUAGUGUUUGCCACUUUACAUUGAAGCGAGUCAUGGACUCCCGAAAACAGCCUUCUAAUUGAAGGCAGUUCACAUGGUGCCAAUUUGCGAAACUUGUUGCCUAUCAAAAUGAAAUUAAAUACGUUGUCACUUUGUCGCAAGAAGGUGCCUGUUUUGUUUAUUUUCAACUGUUUACAAGAACUUGGCGCUCCAUAAGAGGGCUGGCUACUGCUCUGAUAUGACGUGUAAUAAAAAAUGUCGCAGUUUCACCAGAAAGGCGAAACAUCAAUUGAGAGAAGAAAUUAGUGGAGAGCUAUACGGAAUAAGGAUAGUAGUUUUAUCAGCUGUAAACUUGAACAUGUAGCAGCACCAGCAACGCGCAGAACUGUUGUCGAGGCCGCCGGCGUUUUUCCCGUGUUAGCACCGAUAGCGCGCGGCGUUGGUGACUGUUGCCGGUGCCUCGAUCUGGUGGCGGCUCGGAGGUUUUCGACGAGAUCAGGACGGGGCACACGUCGAGCAGCGUCGGAAGCCUUUGCCACCUUCUCGCCUCGCAAC